UCUGAGGUGUGUAGGAAUGGAGCUGUGGACAUUUGCUGUCCCUGGGCCUUGUCCCAGGCAGAAGUGAUAGAUGUUGUGGCAGCUCUGUCCCAGGCUGACUUCCUGCCAGCUGCUACAGGCUAUUCCUGGGCUCUGAGCCCCCAUUCCAGGAACUCUCCUCUGGCAGGCAGCUAGACAGGCAGCGAGAGAGGGACGUACACUCCCAGCCGGUGGCGACUUAUGAGCCCUCUCCCCAUGUUCUCUCUUCCAGGCUCCAGGGAGCAGCAUCAGAGCCAGGGCAACAAUGGUCUCCGUGACUAUGGCCACUUCCGAGUGGAUCCAGUUCUUCAAGGAAGCAGGCAUUCCUCCGGGACCUGCUGUCAAUUAUGCCGUGAUGUUUGUGGAUAAUAGGAUCCAGAAGAGCAUGCUGCUGGAUCUCAACAAGGAAAUCAUGAAUGAGCUGGGCGUGACUGUGGUGGGUGACAUCAUCGCCAUCCUCAAGCAUGCCAAGGUGGUGCACCGCCAGGACAUGUGCAAAGCUGCCACGGAGUUGGUGCCCUGCAGCCCUAGCCCCCUCCCAGGCGAGAUUCGCCGAGGCACCUCUAGUGCUGCCUCCCGAAUGAUUGCCAACAGCCUGAACCGCGACUCCCCUCCUGGAACUCCCCCUAGGCGGCCAGACACCAGCACCUCUAAGAUCUCCAUCACCGUGUCCAACAAGAUGGCAGCAAAGAGUGCCAAGGCUGCUGCUGCCCUGGCCCGCCGGGAGGAGGAGAGCCUGACUGUUCCCACCAAGCGACGAAGGGUCACUGCUGAGAUGGAGGGGAAAUACAUCAUCAACAUGCCCAAAGGCACCACCCCCCGGACCCGCAAGAUCCUUGAGCAACAGCAGGCGGCCAAAGGUCUCCACAGGACAUCUGUGUUUGACCGCCUCGGCGCCGAGACCAAGGCGGACACAACGACGGGCAAUAAACCCACAGGAGUCUUCAGCCGCCUGGGGGCAACCCCGGAGAUGGACGAGGAUCUGGCUUGGGACAGCGACAAUGACAGCAGCAGUUCUGUCCUACAGUAUGCUGGGGUGCUGAAGAAGCUAGGUCGGGGCCCAGCCAAGGCCAGUCCCCAGCCGGUGCUGACUGUCAAAGCCAAGGCCACAAGCUCAGCGACGACGGCCGACACUCCGACGCUGCGGCGGCUGACCCUGUCUUCCCGCCCAGGGCUCGAGAGAAAGCCAGAGUCCCUGUCCAAAGUCAGCAUCAUCCAGAGACUGGGCAAGGCUGCCCUUGUGCCUGAGGCCCAGGACAGCCAGGUCACAAGCACCAAGAGUAAGUCAUCAGCCAAGGUCAAGGUCACCAUUAAGAGGACUCUGGGGCCCCGGGGUAGCAGCUCCAGCGAGGGCCUCGGCGCCCAGAUGGACCACGCAGGCACUGUGAGCGUGUUCAAAAGACUGGGCCGCAGGACCUUCUAGCUCACGAGUGGGCACAGGCCCCUUUCCGGCUCUUGGCUCCGUCAGCCUUUGGCGAGAGCACGCCCACCCUCGAAUGGCACUGCUGGUCUCCUCGGGCAUUCAGGCCGGGCCGAGCUUGUGGGGAUGCGUCCCGUUUUACUGAGUCCGAGAUGGCCGCUCUGGCCUGGCCUUGCCACUCCGGGACUUUCCCUUCUCUCAUGUCCUCUGCUCUGUGCUCUCUGACUGUGGCCUUGGCAGGGCCCCCGUUUCUACCUCUCCCAAGUGCCAGGUGCCCUUUUGCUCUCCUCCAUCCCCGUCCUUCCCUCUCAUUGGCAUCCACUGCCUCAAACCCCAGCUCCUCGGCCUCCCGGUCCCCCAAAGUGGGUGUCUGGGUGUCGCCUGGAGGGUCUCCCUUAUCCCCCCACUCUGCCAGCCACUUCCUGACUUCCCUCCCCUCAGUCCUCUGCCCCCCAACUUUUACUGCUUUAAGUUCUGUCUCUCCCUCUCUUCACUCUGUUCAUUUCUCUUCUGUUUUCUGUC